UGAUGGAUUAAAAUCCAGAAUAGCAAAAAGAGGAAUAAGUACAAAACAAAGAGUAAUUAAAAUAAUAAUAAUAACCUAAAUAAUAACCUAAAGAAAAAUAAUUAGCAGUCAAAAAUCCUAAAGGCACAAGAGAUUUCUUACCUUAAUAAAUGGUGAUAAGGAGACAAGCAUUUAAAAUAAUUACAGAUGUAUUUGAGUAACAUGGAGCAGUUGAAAUUGAUACUCCUGUUUUUGAGUUAAAAGAAACCUUAAUUGGUAAAUAUGGUGAAGAAGGAGGAAAAUUGAUAUAUGAUCUAUAAGAUUAAGGAGGUGAAAUCUUAUCUUUACGAUAUGAUUUAACAGUACCAUUUGCCAGAUAUCUAGCUACUCAUGGAUAUAAGAAAUUAAAAAGAUAUCACAUUGGAAAGGUUUAUAGAAGAGACAAUCCAUCUAUAUAAUAAGGGAGAUUCCGUGAAUUUUUUUAAUGUGAUUUUGAUAUUGCAGGAGAGUAUUAAUAUAAUAUUAUAUAUUAGAAAUGAUCCAAUGGUAGCUGAUGCAGAAUUAAUAAAAAUAAUUGAUCAAAUAUUUACAAAAUUAGAUUUAGGACCUUUUCAAAUUAAAAUAUCUAAUAGAAAAUUAUUAGAUGCAAUGAUUUAAAUUGCUGGAAUUCCUAAAACUUAAUUUAAAACAGUUUGUUCAAGUAUUGAUAAAUUAGAUAAAUAACCAUGGAAAGAAAUUAGAUAAGAAUUAGUUGAGAAAAAAGGAGUUAGUGAGGAAUAAGCAGAUAUCUUAAGCAAAAUGGUUUAAUUGAGAGGAGAGCCUUUCUAAUUGAUUUAAUAACUCAAAGAAUAAAAGCUUUUUGAAUAAUAAGGAAAAGAAGCUUUGGAUGAAAUGGAACUUUUAUUUAAUUUAUUGAAAUAUAUGAAUGGAUUAAAAAAUGUAAUCUUUGAUCUCUCUUUAGCAAGAGGACUUGAUUAUUAUACUGGAUUAAUCUAAGAAACUGUAUUAUUAGGAGGAUAAUUAGGUUCUAUAUCUGGAGGGUAAAUUAUAUAUUUUUUAUCUAUUUAGUGGUCGUUAUGAUGAUUUAGUAGGUAUGUUUUCAAAAAAUAGUAUUCCAUGCGUUGGUGCAUCAAUUGGAAUAGAAAGAAUAUUUGCUAUAUUAGAGGAAAAAUAUAAGAAGAGUGGAAUAGUUUUACGUGAAAAUUAGUCUGAUUGUAUUGUUGCUACAAUUCCAUCUAAAAAUAUAGACAUGGUUGCUGAAAAGUUUAAAAUUUAUGAUUUAUUAUGGUCUAAUGGAAUAAAGGCAGAUGUUUGUUAUAAAUUAAAUUGGAAUUUAGGAAAGUAAUUAACUUAUGCAAAUGAUUAAUAAAUUCCUUAUGCUAUUGUUAUAGGAGAGGAUGAAGUGAAAUAAGAGAUUGUCAAAUUUAAAGAUUUAAUAGAAAAGAAAGAAGAAACUAUUAAUUUGAAAGAUCUUAUUUAGAUAUUAAAGUAGAAAGUUGGAAAAUGAGU